AUGAGAGUGCAGUCGUUGGCUCGGGCCCAGUCGCUCACGGAGAGCUGCCUCCGUAGUAGUGCGCGGGCAGCUGCCAGAACUCCUUCGCGAUGCUUCGCGUUGAGCGCGACGUUGCCGCGCAUGGCGAAGAGCAAUGGGUUGGUUUUCAGCUCGUGGAUGACUGAGAGAUCGUCAAUGGCUCAGAGGAGAUUUCAAUCUACCGCUGCUGCAGUGCUAGAGAAAGCGAAGGAAGACCCUUCUACUCUAUCCCAGGAAACCAUCGUUGAGAAUCUUGAUCCAGUCGAGGCCGCACGCCUGUCCAAAGUUCGCAACAUCGGUAUCGCCGCCCACAUCGAUUCCGGCAAGACCACCGUCUCCGAGCGAGUCCUAUUCUACACCGGC